CAUGUAUGCAUUGUACUUUGCGAGCUCUACUGCUAGCUUUUGUGUAGUGUAAUGUAAGAGAUGCACAUACGUAAUGUAAUAAUUUUUUCAUGGAAGCCGCCUACGACAUCAUGGUUUGUCGACAACCACGACUUGACGCGGGACACAUUCUACGUCGCUGGGUUGGCAUCCUCAGCUGUCAAAUCAGACGUCAUCGACAGCGACCACGAGGAGGGCACCCGCUCCGGCUCUUCCAAAGGAAAAAAGCCCAUCUGCGACAUCAGGGAGGGCACCCUGCAGCCGCAUCUGCGACAUCAGGGAGGGCACCCUGCAGCCGUGCUCUUCCAAGGGGAAGGAGCCAUUUACGACAACAGGGAGCGCACCAAGAGUCAUGGAAAGGAACACGUCUGUAACAAGUGAGGAAACCCAUUUUGCCGUGCCUCUUUCGAAGGGGGGAAACAACAUAUGAUCGUGCUAGUAGCUUUUGCCAUACUAUGUUUUAACCAUGCCGUGCUUCAAUUGCUAUAUUUGGUUAUUUGUAGUAUGCCUUAUUUAUUUCAGUUAUUCACAAUGUGAUAUUCU